GCUGGGAGGUGCGGCGCCUGCGCCUGAGGGCCCCCCCCUUACACACCCAGGGGUCCGGGUGGCUCCACGAGAAGCCCGGGGCGUCUGAGCUGAAGCCGUGGCCGGGUGGGCCCGGGCGGGCCGCGGGCGGAGGCCACUGCGUGCCGCACCCGUGGGCUCCGCGCCCGGGCUGGAUGGAGGGGCCGGUCCUAGGGCGCGCCCCGGCUGGCGUCUUGGCCCCCAGCGGCUGGGGCCGUGGCUUUGCCUUUCCCGCGGGCUAGGAGAAUGUGUGUGUGCCCCGGGCCCAGGCGGAUUGGAAUCCCAGUCAGAAGUUCCAGCCUGCCACUGUUCUCUGAUGCCAUGCCAGCACCAACUCAACUGUUUUUCCCUCUGAUUCGUAACUGUGAACUGAGCAGACUCUAUGGCACUGCAUGUUACUGCCACCACAGACAUCUCUGCUGCUCAUCUUCUUACAUUCCUCAGAGUCACCUGAGGUAUACACCCCACCCGGCGUAUGCUACCUUUUGCAGGUCAAAGGAGAACUGGUGGCAAUACACCCAAGGAAGGAGGUACGCUUCCACACCACAGAAAUUUUACCUCACACCUCCACAAGUCAACAGCAUCCUGAAAGCGAAUGAAUACAGUUUCAAAGUGCCAGAAUUUGAUGGCAAAAAUGUCAGCUCUGUCCUUGGAUUUGACAGCAAUCAGCUACCUGCAAAUGCACCCAUUGAGGACCGGAGAAGUGCAGCAACCUGCUUGCAGACCAGAGGGAUGCUUUUGGGGGUGUUUGAUGGCCAUGCAGGCUGUGCUUGUUCCCAAGCAGUCAGUGAAAGACUCUUUUAUUACAUUGCUGUCUCUUUGUUACCCCACGAGACUUUGCUAGAGAUUGAAAAUGCAGUGGAGAGUGGCCGGGCACUGCUACCCAUUCUCCAAUGGCACAAGCAUCCCAACGAUUACUUCAGUAAGGAGGCAUCCAAAUUGUACUUCAACAGCUUGAGGACUUACUGGCAAGAACUUAUAGACCUCAACACUGGGGAGUCAGAUGAUAUUGAUGUUAAGGAGGCUUUGAUUAAUGCUUUCAAGAGACUUGAUAAUGACAUCUCCUUGGAGGCCCAAGUUGGUGAUCCCAAUUCCUUCCUCAACUACCUGGUGCUUCGAGUGGCAUUUUCUGGGGCUACUGCUUGUGUGGCCCAUGUAGAUGGUGUCAACCUUCAUGUGGCCAAUACUGGUGAUAGCAGAGCCAUGCUGGGUGUGCAGGAAGAGGACGGGUCUUGGUCAGCAGUCACUCUCUCUAAUGACCACAAUGCUCAGAAUGAAAGUGAACUGGAGAGGCUAAAAUUGGAACAUCCAAAGAAUGAGGCCAAGAGUGUGGUGAAACAGGAUCGGCUCCUUGGCUUGCUGAUGCCCUUCAGGGCUUUUGGAGAUGUAAAGUUCAAAUGGAGCAUUGACCUUCAGAAGAGAGUGAUAGAAUCUGGCCCAGACCAGUUGAAUGACAACGAAUAUACCAAGUUCAUCCCUCCUAAUUAUUACACACCUCCUUAUCUCACUGCUGAGCCAGAGGUAAUCUACCACCGAUUAAGACCACAGGAUAAGUUUCUGAUACUGGCUACUGACGGGUUGUGGGAGACCAUGCAUAGGCAGGAUGUGGUUAGGAUUGUGGGCGAGUACCUAACUGGCAUGCACCACCAACAGCCCAUAGCUGUUGGUGGCUACAAGGUGACUCUGGGACAGAUGCAUGGCCUGUUAACAGAAAGGAGAGCCAAGAUGUCCUCGGUAUUUGAGGAUCAGAAUGCAGCAACCCACCUUAUUCGCCAUGCGGUGGGCAACAACGAGUUCGGGACUGUGGAUCAUGAGCGGCUCUCCAAAAUGCUGAGUCUUCCUGAAGAGCUCGCUCGGAUGUACAGAGAUGACAUUACAAUCAUUGUAGUUCAGUUCAAUUCUCAUGUGGUGGGGGCAUAUCAAAACCAGGAAUAGUGAGAUCUCACCCUGGCAAUUUUCAAAUGAAAUAGAUGUAAAGGACAAAUAGGUUUUAAAAAGAUACUAAAGUAAUAAAUAUUUCUAGAGGGUUAUUCUAAGCAUUUACCCAUUUGAUCCUCUAGCUAGUCAAGAACUCCAACGGCCUUGGCAGUAGGGUGGCAGGAUAAUGCGAGUGUCGUUCUGCCUGGCUCAGACCUCACAGUUCCUGCACUUGAGGCAAGUCAGUUUCUUAUUGCAGAUUUCUUGUGACAUUGGCUUCUUGUAUCAGUCAGAAAAUUAGGAUGACCUAGCAAGUAGGAUCUUGAACAGGUCAAAAGCCAGGAUCUUGCUGGGCGUAUUUUCUUGGUAAAAGAAACCGCACUGUUCACAUCUGCAGGCUCCUUUUGUCACAUAUUACAGUGUACAUGAGAACAUUUAUUGCAUGAUUUCCUAGAUAUACAAUCUAUGCAUUAUUCGUAUAAACUUAUUUUAUCCUGAGGUGGUUUCCAAAUGCAGUAUUUUAAGCCAUAAAUGACCGAGAACCGAGCAAUCUGAAAUUGUGUUUGUGAUUAUUUGGAAUGCUUUUGAAAUGGGAAAACAAACUAGUCACUUCCCUACCUAAUUACCUAAUGUUAUUGAAACAUUCUAUUUUGCCACGCACUUGAAGACAAUAAAGGUUUUUAGUUUUAUCUACUCUUAUAUUGAUGGUAAAUAAAGAAAAAAUAAUUGUUUUAGUUUGUAUUAAUGAAAAGCUUUACUUAGUUGGAAAUAAAAGAUCCAGGAAAAAAAGAAGAGACUAAUAUGUUCAGCGGUUGUCACGUAUAGCCAGCAUGUCACUUAUAUCGUGUAAUUCCCAGAGGCUCGGCAUGCUGUAAGUGUCUGGGUGAUAGAGUGCUGCUGGUAAAUCACACUUCUAAUUUCAUAGUGAUAAGGAUUUUCAUCACUUGGAAUUUUAAGGAUGACAUAAAAUAAGUUUAAAUACCAAUUUGGGGAGUAAGUUGAGACAGGAGGAAAGUUUUUGUCCUUCCCCACUUAGGCAUAGGUCAAUUAAAAUAUUUGGUUUAAAAAUCACUAAAUGCUUUAAACAUAUUGUAGCUUACAAGUAGGAGCGUUGCGAUAUAUAAAUGAGAAAUUUUAAAAGGUAAUUAUUUUGCAUGCCUGAUGCUUAAUAGAACACUUAGCAUCAAGUGUUACUUGCAGCAGUCCUUGUACUUAUAUGCAGUCCCUUCUAAUGCUGUAUCAAAGUAAAUGAAAAUAAACAUUGCAAAUUAGCUUCUGGGGAGCUUGUUUGAUACACAGCAAAUGGCAUUUUGUUCCUGUGUUUCCUGGUGAUCUGUGUACAGCUGUACAUACAUUUUCUUAUUCUAGCAGCACUGUUCAGAGUGGCUGUGACUGUGUUUGGUAUUCAUAUAGACUUUAAUACAAAACAUGAUCAGCUUUCCCUUGUGUCGUUAGCUGAGGGGUGUUUAGGCGUCCUUUCAGCUUUCUGUAAAAUGUGAACUAGAUGUUCAAGGACUCCGCAUGGACUGUGGACACUCAAGCAACGUAGAACUGACUGCAAAACUUGUUCCAGUCGAAAAAUAGAUUCAGGAAGAUUGCAGCCCAGACAUCAUAUAGUGUUUGUUUUCUGAAGUCUUUUUCCCCUUGUUUUUUGUUUGUAGUUUUCUUUUUUUCCUUCCUCAGCUUGGAACUUUUCUCCAGGCAGCAUUUUCGAAGAGGAAAAGGCUGUACUAUAUAUUUAUUUCUAAAUGUUUUGACAGAGACUUAUUCUUUUAACGAAAUAUAUGUAGACUGCAGUAGCAAUUAAAACCCAUUCUCAGUCUACUAUUUGAAUUUCUCUUGAAGAGUUCCAUAUUAUUAUAUACUUUAAAUUUAAAGUCACAUUUCUAUAUAGUAUAGUAUAUAUAAAUUUAGUUUACUGUGGUCAUGAUCAACAUAGUAAUUUUUUUUUAAAUCCUUACCCAAGGAUAUGUUUAUUGAUUUUAGAGAAUGAGGGAGAGAGAAACAUCGACAUCGAUCAGUUGCCUCCCGUACGUGCCCCAACCAGGGAUCCAAUCCGCAACCUAGGUAUAUGCCCUGACUGGGAAUCCAGCCCACAACCUUUCGGUGCUUGGGACAACGCUCCAACCAACUGAGCCACCUGGCCAGGCAACAUAAUAAAUAUUAUUACAUACGAAUCUUGUCUGCAGUCCAAAAGCCAGUCUACUCCAGCAUAAAAGUGCAGUGUGGAAUUCAGAUGGUUGAAGUGAAAAUAAUUGGAUGUUAGAAAUCUGAAUGUACUAUCAUCUGAAAGCAGUUGUGAUUUUAUGUAAUUGGUUGUCAUGUGAUGUUAUAUGUAGAGUAUAGAAGAUGUAACUUUACCUUGUAUUUAGCCUUUCUUAAGCUUUUUUUUUUUAUUAUUUAAACUUUCUAACAUGUAUCGACUUCUGUAUUUAUAUUUAAUCAAUGGCUCAUAAUAUUUAUAAUACACUCUUAACUAGUUAAAUGGAAUAGUGAUGGUACACAGUAUUUGGUAGAAAAACUGUCUUAUAAAAGAUGUAUCUUGUGAAGACAUAAGAAAAAUAUAUAAUAUAGAGAAUGGCUAAAGAAAUGCCCACAGUGAAUUAAAGUUUCAUAUCUGCUUUCUGAA